AUGGAGGAGCAGGGCCUCUACUGCGGGACGGCUGGAGCCUUCUUCCAGGACAAGGAGUCCCUUGUAGAGCAUUAUAAGAGUGAAUUUCACAGGUACAACCUGAAGCGCAAGGUGGCAGGACUGCCACCUGUGACGCGGGAAUGGUACGAUGCCCGCAAGUCUCAGCUGCUGGGGUCGCUGGACACGAGCGUCAAGCGCACGUGGCAAGACCCUCUGACCGGCAAGAAGUUUGGCAGCGAGAACACAUACGAGGCCUUCACUCGGUCCAAGAAGUACCGGGACCUCCUGAGCAAGCUGGAAGGCCCCGCACCCAGCGCCAUCAUCACCAUCCAGCGGACUGGCCCGGCCGGCGCGGAUAACGCUGCGGCUUCAGGCCCCCCUGCAGCCCCACAACGAGUGCUGGGGCAUGUGAGCAAGCCCAUCGGCAAGCCAGCACCCGCAGCGACCGAGGAGGAUGAGGAGGGCUCCGUCUCUGACAUGUCUGACGACUGGGAGACGGAGGAUGAUGCGUCCGAGGCAGGGGAGGGCGCCCAGCAACCCGAGGACUGGGAGGAGUGGAACGUGUGCCAGUCCCUCUUCGACGGCCAUGUGUCUGCCUCGCUGGAGGAGAACCUCAAGUACAUGUACCUCAACUUUGGCUUCUACUUCCCCGACACCGAGUUCCUGGUGGACCCCGAGGGCCUCAUGAGAUACCUGGGUGCCAAGCUGCAGUAUGGCGGGGUUCCGCUGUACAAGUCUGGGGAGGAUCCGGAGGCCAAGCAGUUCAGGUCCCUGCAUGCCGUGCGGAGGCACAUGGUGGACAGCGGUCGAUGCACCAUGCUGUAUGAUGGGAAUGAGGACGAGUAUGCCGACUUCUAUGAUUACACGGGCGAUGACGGCGAGGCUGUCAGCGCUGGAGGCGAGUUCUGGGUCCUGGCGCUGGCCGGCGAGGACGGCGCGGCCGCAGCCACCGGCUUCGAGCUGGGCGUCCCACUGCAGUCCGGCGGCACGCGGUACCUCGGCACGCGCGAGUUCGCCAGGUACUACAAGCAGCGGCACCGCCACGACCGCCGUGCCGCGCUCACGGCCGCUGCGCGGGUGCUGGCGCAGUACCGCCGCAUGGAGCUGCCCAUGCUGGCCUUCCGGGCCCCGGAGCAGGUGGAGAAGCGGCGUGCCACCAAGGUCCAGAACAAGCACUGGGCACGGGAGCGGCUUUCCCUGGGCAUGGCGCGCAACAUCAACGACAAGCUGCCCAAGAACGUACCCUACUGA